AUGGACCGAUUGGGGUUGAUAUAUGAUAUCGUUAGUCUAUUGAGGAAUACCGCCGUGGUGGUUAUCAUCCUGUCCACGUUGGAAACAUCUUCCAGGAAUGAUAUAAAGCCACCGGAAAAAUGGCAUAUGGCCAAUAAUUGGCAGUGUGAUGGAUUGCUGAUUUCUCUACAAGGACCAGAGGCAGUAUCCUUGAAAACGCUAAAGACCCUGAGUUUAGCCUGGUCAAAUGACGGGAUGGGGGUAUCUGCCCCGCCAUACCUUCACAAAGACCCGAGGGAUACUGGCUGGAUGAACACCCAGCAGAUUACAGCAGCUGGUGGCUUGUGGACGAAAUUUCCCACUUUUCAACUCUUAUUAUACGAAUAA